AUGCCGCCUCCCAGGACGCGAACGGAGGUCCAAGCCCAAAAGCAAAAGGAAAAGCUUGCCCAAUCCUACCAUGAGUUACUAGAGGAAUUCUCGUCCAAAGACCUCCGAACCGUCGGGAACUAUACACUGGGGAGGCUGAUCGGAAAGGGUUCUUUUGGCAAGGUGUACCUCGCCUCCCACAAACUCACCAAUGGAUCAAAGGUCGUUCUCAAGUCGUCGAGUAGGGAAGACACGAACCUCCCCCGCGAAAUCCACCACCAUCGCCAAUUCCUUCAUCCGCAUAUCGCUCGCCUGUACGAAGUCAUCGUGACGGAAAAGCUGGUUUGGCUGGUGCUCGAAUAUUGCCCGGGGGAUGAAUUGUACAACUACCUUCUUCGCCAUGGUCCACUGUCGGUCGAUAAAGUCAAAAAGAUCUUCACCCAGCUCGUCGGUGCUGUCGCGUACGUCCACAGCAAGUCCUGCGUCCACCGAGAUCUCAAGUUAGAGAAUAUCCUGCUCGACAAGAAUGAAAACGUCAAGCUGUGCGACUUUGGAUUCACGCGAGAGUAUGAAGGCAAAGCUAGCUACCUGCAGACAUUCUGCGGGACGAUCUGCUACAGUGCUCCAGAAAUGCUGAAGGGGGAGAAAUACGCCGGAGAAAAAGUGGAUGUAUGGAGUUUGGGCAUCAUUCUUUACGCUUUGCUCGCGGGCGAGUUGCCGUUUGACGAAGAUGACGAUCAAGUCACCAAGGCUCGAAUCCUCAGUGAAGAACCCGCGUACAACGACAACUUCCCAGAUGACGCCAAAGCGCUCAUUGGCUUGCUGUUGUCGAAGCGUCCCCUUAUCCGGCCCAGUCUGGAAGACAUCCUGGCGCACCCAUUUCUCGCGGAAAACGCCUCCGAACAGCUUGCGAUUUUGAAGAUUCCCCGCCUGCCACCCUUCUCGAUGCCCCUGGAAAAGACCACCUUGCAGCGGAUGAAAAGCGCAGGGGUCAAUAUCGAUGAAGUGGUCUCCAGUGUCCUUUCCCAGCGAUGUGACCCGCUCGCGGGGUGGUGGGCACUGUUGAUCGAAAAGGAGCAGCGGAAGGAGCAGAAACGAGAGCGGAAGCGAAGGGAGCGGGACGCCGAAGCGAAGAACCUUCGUCGCUUGAGUGCUGCGAGCAGCCGAAUGGAGAGAAUCUCCGCAGCCCUCGUGGAGGUGGACGAAGAAGGCCAUACCUCGUCGGAUGCCCCUGUUCAGGACCGUGGGCGACGGGACCGACGGAGCUUGCCUUCACAGCUUGCGGUGCCGGAGCUUCCCAUGCUCCCUGAACCAACAUCAUCACAGACCCCCGAUGCCACCGAUCCGCCCCCGCCUGUAGCAAAAGACUCGGCCCGUUCGGCAAGUUCUAGCAGGCGUCGCCCGGUGCCACCCCCGAAAGAUAGAAGGCGUUCUCGACCAAGCACACUGCACGUUAGUGCCUCGCAGCCCGAAUUGUCACAGCGCGAUGGAGUCUCCCGGCGCCGUACCAACCGCCGUCAAUACCCGAUCAUCAGUCAGCUGGCAUCCCUCAAACACUGGUUCGUGGAAUCUGCGAAGCGGGCGAAGUCUCCUCACAACAACAAAGCCGCUAGUGCCCCCGGAACGCACCGAAAGUUUCUCGCGGAGAAGUUCAGCCCUGCCAAAGCGCAGGAGAACAAUCCAAAAAAGCCCGUGCCUGCCUCGAGCACCUCACACCCAGGGGAGCUGGCUACCCCGACUCAGAUCAAGCGUGUAUCCAAUGCUAGCAGCCUGGCCCCGAGUAGUGCUUCUUAUCCUAAUCAUCGUCACUCGUUUCCUCGCCAACCGCGACCUCUCAGCACCAGUCACCGAAGUCACCGAAACUCGCUAUCUCCUUCCCCGAUUACGCCGAGGGGCUCGUAUCGACUGUCCUCGGCUGGCCUGCGUGGUCGCAAGUCGACAUCCUCGUCCGUUUCUUCAAUCCGAAGCAUUCAUCACACGCACACCCACUCGAAAGCAUCCUCCGUGUCGUCCAACAGCAUCGGCUCUGCAUCCACGCCGACGGCCCGAUCGUCAAGGUCUCCCCAUCCAUCGCUCAAAGUCCUGCCUACCACACCUAGUGCCUCCUCCCGCUUCCCAAACAACAUCCGGCUGGUACGCGGUACGAACAAUGCACCCCGCGAUGUCGAAGAAUCCGGUAGUAGGAUGAACAACUUUUUCAACGAAGCCGCGCCGGGUCCGUUCCUUUACUCUCCUUCCACGAGUCUUGUAUUCGCACGUCGCAAGCGUUCUGCGUUCAAGGGUCCCAUGGCCCACCCCGCCAAUCCCAUGAUAUCUGGCGGCGUGGCUGGGUCCGAAUUUCCGAACGGCGCGGCCGGUAUUGAAGAGCCCUCCGCCGCGGCUGCUGCGCGGCCCAGGGCACGGAAGAGCCAGAUCAUUGAAGAAGAGGAAGACGCGGAAGACGACGAAGAUAUCGAAGAAGUGGACACCUUCACCGGUACUGAAGAGGAGCCCGGAUCACCCACUGAUGCUAAGUCGGAAGGUUACAAAACUGCGGAUGACCUAGUAGAGACCGGCGACAGACGAACUCUGGCUCCCGCGAUUGACCUUGAACCAACCACGCCGUGUCCACCUCGGUCUUCCUCUUUGAGACAGUCACAAUCCGAGGUGAAGAUGCAGUCGAGCCCACAAUAG